UGGACUUCGGCCUUUUUCCUUUGGACAGUUUUGAGUUCGCCUGCUGCCACGAAUUUGCGUCUUUAAAAGUGUAAGUGGCUGGCCGAAAAGCAACCAUGUUAUCAUCACAGGCCAGGUCAAUUGCAUCCAGGUUAAUUGGCCAUGUUAAACCUCUUUGCGGUUUAUCUUCUCAGGUAACCCAAAGGUUCCUAGCAACACAAGCAACAGGAAGAAAACUUGUAAAUUACGAUAUUCAAGACAAUGUUGCAGUCAUCAGAUUUGAUACACCCAAUUCAAAGGUCAAUGUAUUGUCUGAGGCCUUGACACGAGAAUUUGUUGAUGUCUUCCAAGAAGUUUCUGGAAACAAAGAUGUUGGGAGCAUUGUACUUAUUUCCUCAAAGCCAGGAUGCUUCAUUGCUGGUGCUGAUAUAAGCAUGCUGAAUGCUGCAGACACAAUUGAAAAGGCAACGGAAAUUUCAAAAAAUGGUCAGCAAGUUUUCCAAGCGGUCGAGGACAGCAAGAAGCCAGUUAUAGCGGCUAUCAGUGGCUCUUGUUUAGGUGGUGGAUGUGAGCUCGCAUUGGCCUGUCACUACAGAAUUGCAUUGGACAGCCCAAAGACAAAUCUUGGACAACCAGAAGUACUUCUUGGUUUGUUACCAGGCGCUGGAGGAACUCAGAGGCUCCCGAAAUUGGUUGGCUUACCUGAUUCACUUGAUAUGAUGCUUACUGGCAAAAACAUAAAGGCAAGCAAGGCAAAAAGGAUGGGACUGGUUGACCAGCUUGUGAAACAAAUCGGCGUUGGAGUUGGAUCAUCGGAGCAGAAUUCAUUAGACUAUCUGGAAAAAGCGGCCGUAUCAACAGCAAAAGGCUUAGCAAGUGGAGCGAUUAAAGUCGACAGAACGAAGUCAUGGAUGGACAUGAAAGGUUUGACCCACAAUUUGACAUCAAAUGUAACUAUGGUCAGAGACUUUGUCUUCAAAAAGGCAAAAGAGACUGUGAUGAAAAAAACUGGUGGGCUCUACCCAGCACCACUCAAAAUUAUUGACGUCACAAAAACUGGCUGCGAAAAGGGCUUAAAACCUGGUUAUGAAGCUGAGGCUGCUGGCUUUGGAGAGCUUGUAGCUUCGUCCGAGGCGAAGGCUCUCAUGGGAAUUUUCUUUGGACAGACUGAAUGCAAGAAGAAUCAUUUUGGAAAACCACAAAAAGAUGCUAAGAACAUAGCCGUUCUUGGUGCUGGUUUGAUGGGAGCUGGCAUCGCAGAAGUUAGUUUGCAGAAGGGCGGCCAUCACGUGAUUUUGAAAGACAACGCCCUUAAAGGGUUGGCCAGAGGACAAGAUCAAAUAUUUAACAAUCUAAAUAAACGCGUAAAGAAAAGAGCCAUGACAAGUUACGAGCGCGACAGAAUGCUGGCCAAAUUGGAGGGACAAUUGGAUUAUGCAAAUUUUCAGAACGUAGAUAUGGUUAUUGAAGCGGUCUUUGAGGAUCUGAAUAUAAAGCACAGAGUUUUAAAGGAAAUCGAAAGCGUUAUACCCGACCACUGCAUAUUCGCAUCAAACACUUCAGCAUUACCUAUCUCACAGAUUGCCAAGGCUAGCAAACGCCCAGAAAAAGUUAUUGGAAUGCAUUACUUCUCACCAGUCGAUAAAAUGCCCUUGUUAGAAAUUAUCACCACAGAUCAAACAUCAAAGGACACUGCAGCCUCUGCAGUUCAAGUUGGCCUCCAACAAGGAAAAACAGUAAUUGUCGUCAAGGAUGGUCCUGGAUUCUACACUACUCGAAUUUUAGAACCAACUUUAGCAGAAGUUAUAAGAUUAAUGCAGGAAGGUAUCUCACCGCAACAAAUCGACAAAUACUCAAAAGCGUAUGGUUUCCCAGUUGGUGUUGCUACUCUUGUCGAUGAGGUUGGUGUUGAUGUAGCAUGUCAUGUUGCUGAAGAUCUUUUUAAAGCUUUAGGCCCAAGAUGCGGUGGUGGUGAUGUUGGAGUAUUGAAAUCAAUGGUUGAAAAAGGAUUCUUAGGACGUAAAUCUGGCAAAGGCUUCUAUAUGUACGCGGACAAGAAAGGAAAAAGAGAGAUUAACCCUGAAGCUUUAGAAAUUUUGAAACAGUAUUCAGUACCAAAAUCCGGAAGUCAUGACGUCGGCGAUUUACAAUUGAGGCUGGUUUCUAGAUUCGUAAACGAGGCAGUCAUGUGCCUAGAAGAUGGAAUUCUUAAAAGUCCCGUCGACGGUGAUAUCGGUGCUGUGUUCGGUCUUGGUUUCCCGCCAUUCCACGGAGGCCCAUUCAGAUUCGUUGACUCUUUCGGUGCUGGCAAACUCGUCGCAAAAAUGGAGGAAUUCGCAAAAACUGUAGGAGAGGCACAAUUUACGCCUUCGCAGCUACUUAUGGAACACGCAAAGGACAGUAGCAAAAGGUUCCACGCCAAGUAAAUACACUUCACCCUGAAAAUAUAUGUACUUUGUACCCAUCUGUGGACACACAGAUACAUCGAUGCCAACAUUGAAUGUUGUAAUAAAUUAAGGAAUUGUUUUGACUCCACACUAUUCACCAGACAUUCAUUGACCUCAAAGUCUUCUAUGUAUUUCGAUGUGAUGUUGUUCUUUAUCUAUUUGUGUGGAUUUUGUUAA